CAUAAACUUUGCGUCCAGCGUAGUGGACUGUGGAUCGUGAAAUAUGAAAAGUGAGACGCCAUUUUGAGUUCAGAAAAGCUUGAAGCUAACACGUAUCUACGUCUGGAUAAACUUAUUAUUUGUGUUGUAUUACACUAAUACGUGCUCUAAUUUAAUUUGUUAUGUGCAUAUCGAUUUGUACGUGAGAUAAUACUACAAAUUAGGUGAUAAUUGCUCGCACGUUGGUACAUACGAUAACUGAUGUGCUUUAGAAGAUAGUAUUUGGCAUGAUAAUUGGAUCUUCGGCGGCAUCCAGGCGUCAUGGCGAAGGAAAUUGCGGACGAGUACGCAUCAAGCCUGGCGGAUUUGACUGUAAACAGCAAACCCCUUAUUAAUAUGCUGACUAUACUCGCGGAAGAGAACAUCGAGCAUGCAGGAGUUAUCGUUGAGACAGUGGAGAAACAUUUGGAGAAGGUGCCCCCGGACAUCAAGCUGCCUGUACUGUAUUUAGUAGAUUCCAUUAUCAAGAAUGUUGGUGGUGCAUACACACAGAAGUUCUCACAGAUCAUCGUUAAUAUGUUCACAAAGACCUUCAAACAGGUCGAUGAAAAGAUUCGUUCCCAAAUGUUCAAGUUACGGGAGACGUGGCAUGAAGUAUUCCCGUCCACUAAGUUGUACCAACUGGAUGUGAAGGUGAACCUGAUUGAUCCCGCUUGGCCCAUCCAGGCUCAACCACAUCAGUCUAACAUCCAUGUAAAUCCAAGUUUUCUGAAAAAGCCAACUCCGACAACCAGUGCUGCAGCCCUAUCAGAAGAAGAGGAGAAAAUGCGUGCCAUACUAGCUAAGAAAGAACAAGAACUACUAAUGCUGCAGAGGAAGAAGGUCGAGAUGGAGCUGGAGCAGACUCGGAGACAGUUACAGAUGGCUGAAAAAGUUCACAAGAAGCCGCCCUUGGUACAUCCCCCUGGGCUCCCCGCGCCCCAAGCGGAGGCCCCGCCGGUCCCUCUGGCGCCUACAUCUCUUCCUCCUCAAGCGCCCAUAUCGUCGCCAGUACUGUCCAUCAAGCAACGGCUUGGACCCCCUGUUAACAAGUCGGCGGGUCGUAUCGCUCCCGUCACGGGUCCGUUGAGCGGAGCCCGGCGUGACCCGCGGCUCGCAAGGAGACAGCCGCCACCGCAACGCCCACCACCUGCCACCGCCCACACCACCCCCACCACCGCCGCUACCACAAUCGCCCCCAACGUUUUCGAUAUCAAGCCACUCCACCGACCGGCCAAGCGGAGCGCCGUCAUAACCAUCGAGGUGGCGACCGACUCGCGCCGCAAGGACAGAAAGGAAACACGCACCAAAAUAGAGAACGGCAACGGGGACUCCGUACACACAUACAUCGACAGACUCAGAAUACCCGACCCCAAGAAGAUAAACAAGCUGCCACCCAUACCCAAGAUACGGCGGGACAGAGACGAUCCGCCCUCCAAGAAAAAGAAGGAACUCAGAGAGAGGAAGAAGCGACGGGACAAGGACGGGUCGGCCUCCUCCUCGCCCGACAAGAAGCGAGGCAAGGACAAAGACAAGAAAGUUUAUAAUAAAGAAAGGAUGGACGUCGACGACCAGCAGUACGCGCCCGAGACGGUCUCCUUCAAGGAAUUGAAGAACUUCAACAAGAAGCACUACAUGCGGAGAAAUAAGGAAAAGUCGGAGAGUCCAGAGAGAUUAGACAAAGAGGAAAAGAAAACGUCAGAAGAGGCUACAAAUCCGCCUGAGAUUAUCCCUGAGACUAAAGAUGUAGAUCUUCGUGUUUUGCAUCCCGUUAUUCCAGAAACUGCCAAGGCGAUCGCCCAGAAAAGACCGUCCACUGAGAUGCUCGAGGGCAAACCUAAGAAAAAUAAACUCGAUAAAUUCGAUAUCCUUUUUGGAAACGAGGACGUAGAUCUUCGUCAGUUGCCUCAAGUUGAAGAGGCGAACGCACCACCGCCACCGUCUAUAUCUGAACCAAAUUCUGUAUCUAAGGAGGAAGUAGAUCCAGAAGAAUCUGACGAUGUAAUUGCGUCGCCUGUACGUUCUCCCAAAAAAGAUUGGCAAGAAGUCAAAGAGAAGGAAGAAACUAAAAAGACACCUUCGAAGUUGGAUCUCGUGAGAGCAAAGUUGGCGGAAGCUACAAAAGUUAAAGAUGGCUUAGGACGUCCGUUACUGUUCAGUAAGUCACCAAGCAUAGAAAGGGAAAGACGUCGAACAUUCAGCUCUGAUGAAACUGAAGUUAAAACAGAUAGCAACGAAGAAUUUGAUGCCGAUGAUCACAAGAAAACUAUAUCUAUUAUCAUGAAUCAGGCCAAGGAACAGUUCAGUGACGGUCAGCUGGAUAAAAAUCAGUACAACACAUUGAUGUACCAAGUGUUGCAGCUCAAUGAGAAGCUCAAAUUAAAGGAAGCUAAGCAAAGGGAAUCCCUAGAAAUAUCAAAACGAAAAUUGAAAGCCCACGUCUCAGAAGAUAAAAAGGUCCCUUCACCGAAAUCUUCCCCGUCGGAGAGGAAUAAAUUCGGGGACAUCGAUGAACGAGUUCCCGUCGGUGGAUUUUCUGACUCAGAAAACAACAAUCAAGACUCUGAUAUGCGUCAAAAUCAUCACGACAAUAUAGAUGGGAAGAGUGGUUUUCCAAUGCCGCCUAUGAUGCCGCCGAUGUACAUGGGGCCUUUCCCGAUGUGGAGGGGUCAACCGCGGCCUAGAAUGGAAGAGUUCGGUCCUCGACGGUUUAGAGGUCCAUAUUUUAGAGGAAAGUUUGAUAAAAGAGGCCCAAGACCACCUUUCGAUAUGAGAAUGCCUCUACUUCCCACUCCUAAACUCGGUAUGUGCCAAGGCGAAUGUCCUCUAAAGCCUUAUGAGCGGUCAAUUUCCCCUCCACCACUCGGCGCUCCCGGGUAUACAUUGCCUCCCACUGAUUACAAAAUAUUGGAAUAUAUCGAUCAGGAUCCGGUCAAAACUAUCCAAAUAGACGGUAUUCCCAGAGAAAUAAGAUUCUACGGCGAGACGGCGAUCAUCAUGCUCGACUGGGACGAUCCUAGAGUUAUCAAAUUCUUACCAGGUUGUCGGAGAGUCACAUUCGAUAAUAAAGAUUCAGUGGUAUUGACUUUCAACGAGGGUUACAAGAAGGUGGAAAUAGACGAUCAAGUCUUCGAUAUCAGGUUCGGUGCGCCGACCAGGGAACUGUUCAUAAAUGGGAGGUGGUAUGAAUGUUUCUUCGGGGGUCAGCCAUUGGGCGUCAUAAUAGACGGCAAACCGCGAUUAGUGCAUCUAGAAGGGCCCCUGCCACAGGUCGAUAUAGGGAAGACGAAACGAACAGACUUAGUAGCGGGUAAAAUAAAUGUGAUAAUAAACGCGACAAACAUUUGUCCGGUUUACCUGGAUGCUAAAGUUCAGAAGUUCCACGUAAAUGGACAUUUCUUUACGAUACGUUUUGUCGAUUCCUUGAAGACCGUUCUAAUUAAUGAGCAGCCGUUCAAAGUGGAGUAUGGGGAUCUUCCGAAGCCGAUAUUCGUAAAUGGGGAGAAAUAUUUUGUACGAUUUUCUGCACUGCCAAAGAACAUAAAACCGGGCCAAGUGGAGAUCGCUGACAUGGAAGGCUGUAAACCAUCGACGGAAUCCGAGAAGCCGCCCACAGUGCCGGAGAACGAAGACGUUCCGAUGGAAACUGAUUCUGAACAACCGCUCGAAGCUCCAGUGAAAUCCCCAAGUCCUGAAGGUGAAAUGAAAGGUUUGGAUAUGCUAGCAAAUUUCAUGCCGAGUGAUAUGGCCCCGGCUUCCAGCUCAGAAUACAGUUCUGCUGAGCCGCUGUUCACAAAACCGGAAGUGAUCCCAGGAUUGGAAACUCCCGCUGAAGAGAAUCCAGCCAGUUCCCUGCCUCUUUUGGGCGGAAUCAAUGUCAAUGACCUGUACGCCAAAUUAGUUGCGACCGGUAUAGUGCCAAUGUUGAACGAAGUGAAACCAGAGAAGAAAACUGAAGUUCCUGAGAUCGAGGAGACGAAAAUGAAACCCAAAGAUGAUAAGAACGUCAUCCACAAAGUCGAUAUACUGAAACCGGAAACACUUCGGAUUAAGCAGCGCGGUCUGGUGCUGAAACUGUACAGCGGUAUGCAGUGCAGUGGUUGCGGGGCGCGGUUCCCUCCCGAGCACACGGUCCGGUACUCGCAGCAUCUCGACUGGCACUUCAGACAGAACAGGCGGGAGAGGGACUCUGCGCGGCGGGCUCACUCGCGACACUGGCACUACGAUCUGUCUGACUGGCUGCUGUACGAGGAGCUAGAAGACCUAGAAGAACGAGAGAAGAGUUGGUUUGAGACGGGAGGUUCUGAAGAAACACCAGCUCAGGUAGAAGCUGUUGUAGAAGAAAGUCCAAGCACCGCGGCUGGUGGAGCUCCGCAACAUAACUGUGCCUUGUGUGGAGACAGAUUCCAUCAGUUCUACAAUGAGGACCAAGAGGAGUGGCAUCUCAGGAAUGCUGUCAAACAUCAGGACAGUUACUAUCAUCCACUGUGUCUGCAGGAUUAUAAGGCUUCUCUAACAAAGGAAGAGCCACAGGCUGAGGAAGCGGCGGUGGAUGUAGACGAGGAACCUCCGGCUGCUAUAGAGAUAGGAGACACCGCUGAGCUGUCAGACACUGAGUCUGUGGUUGAAGUGUUGGAGACUGAACCAUUGGAACCCGUUGAGAUUGAAGCUGAUGACGGUGAUGAUGAUGUGGUCCUGAACGCCGAGCCCGUUGAACAGCUGGAGGUGGACGACGGAGACACAGACGAUGAAACUACUGAGACGAGGAGGCAGAGAGAUCACCUCGCACAAGUUGAUUUUGCUAACAUAAAGAUCAAACAGGAACCUAUUGAUCCAGACGAUGAACCAAUUAUAACAGCAGAAGUAGAAAGCAUUCCGCCGACAAUCGACACAACACAUACGACUGUUACAUCAUCCAUAGACGGGAACGUUCAGCUCGACGACGCUACGCUGACUCCAGCUCUACCCAUCGGUGGCAUCAGAAUUAACAUAUCCAAAACCAUAACCAGCUUUGCUACCAAUCAAGAUAGUCCGGAUAAGUCCCUCGAAGACAUCAGCACCGAGGACGAGCCCUUGCCUCCCGGAGAGGAACCAGAAAUGGAGUACGAGUUGAAGCCUUCAAUGAAAGACGUGAAGUUCAGCAGACAACCACCCGUCCAAAAAGGAAGUGAAUUGUCGGGGUUGUGUUCCAUAAUGUGAAGUGAGUGGGUGUGCUAAUAUUAAACCUCUAUAUUUGUAUAUUCUGUGGUGCGCGAACACUGUGUUGUGUUUAAAUACAAUGUGAGAGUUAUACGGAUCCACAUAACCGAACUACUUAGAAUACUUUGAUGUUAAGAGUGUAAUGGCGACGGAAUUGUAACCCGCGUAAAUCAUACUAGAGGUAUGUUUGUAAUUAAUUGACGUGUAAACAUACGAGUGUAUCCCUUAUAUACACGUGGAGUGAACAUGUCUGUGGAGUUUGAGGAAUUUAAUUUAAAUGUGCUCAAAAAUACAUUUAUAAUUUAUAUCUCGCAGGGAUCGUUGAAGGUGAAUUUUCAAUUUCUUUAAAUAUUAGGAGGUUUUUUUUGUUAAUUUGUAUGCUCGCUUUUCCUAUAUCCAGUUUCUCUAAGAUGCCUUUCUUUGUCACUUUAUAGAAGAUUAUCUUUGUCAUUGCUGUUACUGACUUAUAAUGAGUGUAAAGUGAUAUUAUAUAAAUAAAUCAUACAUUUAAUGAAAUCUUUCGUCGUCAAGAAUAUUGAAUUCAUUACUUAGUUAAUGUUACACAAACACAUACUUCCGCAUGUUCUGUUCUAAAAUGUGAUAUUAAAUUAAGAUACUUAUUAAAUAUAGUUAAAUGUGUAACCGUUGUUGAUUGUAAAUAAGCAGAAUGUAAAUAUUUCUCUGUCAGAUAAUGAUAAGGUUUCGAGUUUAAGGUAUAGUUUAGACUAUCGGAAGUAAUCUCUAUUAAUCACCUUCCCGGAAUGAACUAUUUAGAAACAGAUUUGUAUGUAUCAGUAAUGGAAAUCAAUUGUGAUUUAUUGUUAAAAAAAUAAAAAUGUUUUUCAUGUU